CAUGCUGCUUGAAGAAGGAAAGAUCUAAACGGACAGUCAAGUACUUCAGGCAUUGCACAAGCAACAUGUCAAAACCAACAGGAAGAAAGCAAGACAAUCACAAAAUAAGCAGAGAACUUUUUGUCCUCACGUAUGGUGCUUUGGUAGCCCAGCUGUGUAAGGACUAUGAAAAAGAUGAAGAUGUCAACACUUGUUUAGAUAGAAUGGGGUAUGGCAUUGGCAUAAGGCUGAUUGAAGAUUUUUUAGCUCGUUCAGCUGUGAAGAAAUGUCGCAGUUAUUCUGAAACUGCAGACAUGAUUGCACAGGUUGCCUUCAAGAUGUAUCUUGGGGUCACCCCUAGCGUGAGCUGCAGCAGUGCCGCGGGCAAUGAGUUCUCCCUAAUCCUGGACAAGAACCCGCUAGUGGACUUUGUGGAGGAGCUUCCCGCGGAGCGAGCCUCGCUUUGUUAUUGCAACCUCCUCUGUGGGGUGAUUCGAGGUGCCUUGGAGAUGGUUCACUUAUCAGCAGAAGUUACCUUCCUCCAAGACAAGCUGAAAGGUGAUGCUGUGACAGAAAUAGGAAUUGUAUUUUUAAAGAAUACUGAAGACAAAAAGCACAAAAGAAAUAAAUGAAAGAAAUACCAGGAAGAACUCUUGCCAAGCAGUAUUUUGCUCCUUUUCUUUUUCCUGAAGAAGACAUACAGGGUAAAAUCUUUCACAUAUUUGAAAGGCAACAAGAGUCAGAAAUUUAACACAAGAUAGAGAGAAAAAUCUUUCAUAUUCCAUACAGAUAUCACUAUAAAAGAUCAAAGUGGCCUCAUCCUUCUACUUCCUCACUUAACCAUAAGCCUGAGCUCAAUAGCAGUUUUACUGUCUCAGUCUUAUGUGCAUGCUGGAUCCAAAUAUCUCUUCAGCUAUAUGUGACUUGGCUUUUCCCAUCUGGUUUGCUGGUAAUAUUUCAAAGUGUUGUUGACAAGAGAUGCUUUUCCUCUGCCUGUCUGUGAUUAGGAAUAAUGACUACUACACUACUUUGUGCAGAGUCUAUCUAUAUGUUUGGACAUGUCAUGGUUUGAUCCAUCGCCCUUUCAACCAAGUAGCCCCUUUGGUACAACUGCCUCUCUUCCCUUUGGUACCAAACAGAGGAAAUUUCACCGAUGGCCGGAACAGUUUUGUCAUGACCAGACUGAGCACUGCAUGGCCUAGUGUGUAGUCACUGCACGUGAGGAAACUGAAAUAAAAAUGUGGACACUGCUGUUCAACAAACUGGUGGGUAAUUGUGUGUGUUUCUGCCUGGCCAGCAGUUCAAUAUAUCCCAUAUUUGCCUUCCAAAUGUGACUGAGAUGUAGAGAAAUACCAAUCUCCUAGAGAUCUGAGAUACAGAAAAAAAAAAAA